AUGUCAUUGUUCGGAUCUUCACCCACCGAAACUGCGCCACUAAACUCCAAGUCUCUGUUUGGCGACGAGCCCGUUCACAAAACAACCACAUCUUCAUCUCUUUUUGCCGACGAUGGUGGUGACUCGCCAUGGUCAAUGCCAACUCCCAAGAAGUCGGCGCGACAAAACCUAAUCAAGAAUCUCCUCCCCGCCACCGACGUACCGGAGAGCUAUGUGGACGCAUACGAUGCCGUGUUACAUUCCAAUGAGAGGACAGGAGUUGGUAUUGGUUUGGCAGGCAUCAAGCGCCUUCUCGAGAGCAGCAAUCUCAGCGAGCAGGAGCAGACGAAGAUCUUGAAUUUGGUGAUUCCAGGUGGCCAGGAGAGUGCCAAUGGCGUUGGCAGGAGCGAGUUCAAUGUCUUGCUCGCUCUCAUUGGAUUGGGCCAGGAGGGUGAAGAAAUCACCCUCGACGGUGUAGACGAUCGGAGGAGAAAACUGCCUGAGCCUAGAAUUGGCUACUUGGAUCAGUUGCGGUCGAGCAGCGACCGGCCUCAGCUACCCUCCCCCCCAUCAGCGAAACCCACUCCAGUCAGGCCACAGAAGCCACGAGAAGACUCAUUCGGAAACGAUCCAACGUCGGAUCCAUGGGCUAGUCCAUCUAACAAUAGACUGCCGCCUCCUUCCACCGCCGCUCACACCAUGUCUGUCAAUGGGGUCUCCGUGGAGGGUGCUAAGAGCAUCUCCAAUGGCAUCGCAAGAACAACCAGUGCUUUCACGACGGGAGGUAGUCAAGGCAGCAGUAACGGAAGUCCAACAAACGAGCGUUCUUCCGAAAGUGGAGGUGCUGGAUGGAACGGCUACAAUGGCAAUUCGGGAGGCUUCUCAGAACAACCAACGCUCGGGGGAGGAUUCGGAGACCCUGGCGACAAUCGACAGUCGAAUCGGCAAGAUCAAGAACCCCGAAGUGCUGUCUCUCAAAGUAUCACUUUACCACCUGGGACAGGAGAAAGCGUCACGAUAACAACACUGCCAGAAAAGGAGGGAGUGUUCCUGUUCCAGCAUCGGAACUAUGAAGUCAAGACAGCUCGGAGAGGCAGCAGCGUCGUGAGGCGAUACAGUGAUUUUGUUUGGUUGCUCGACUGUUUGCAGAAACGAUAUCCUUUCAGACGCCUACCGCUAUUGCCUCCCAAACGGGUUCAAGUGAACGGAGCUCAUCUCACCGCAGAUGCGAACGUCUUCCUGGAGAAGCGUAGACGAGGCUUGGUUCGAUUCACCAAUUCGCUCGUACAACAUCCCGUUCUAAGUCAGGAGACGCUUGUGGUAAUGUUCCUGACUGUGCCAACAGAACUUGCAGUCUGGCGCAAACAAGCUACUAUCUCUGUCCAAGAAGAAUUCACCGGCAAGGUUCUGCCGCCAAGUUUGGAAGACAGCCUGCCAUCGAAUCUUUCUGAACUUUUCGAUCAAGUGCGUACAGGCGUGCGCCGCUCGGCGGAGGUCUAUAUCAACCUGUGUGUCUGGAUGGAACGGUUGGUGAAGCGGAACGAAGGGCUUGCUCUGGACAGUCUAAAGUUCUCAAACGCACUGUCUCACCUAACCGAAUGCACCAACGACACGUAUGCAAUUGAUCAGAAUGACGUGCCGCUUCUUAACGAAGGCAUCCAGGCCACAGCUAAACACCUUGCCACGACCCAGACAUUGCUCGAAGACGAGGGCAAGGCUUGGGAUACGGGAGUGCUCGAGGACCUCAAAUCGAUUCGCGACAAUUUCGUGUCGAUGCGUGAUCUGUUUGAUCGACGUGAUCGAUUUGCGAGAGACAACAUACCUCAACUUGAGCGACGUAUUGAAACAUCAGAAAAUAAAUUGCAGCAAUUACGCCAAAAGCCACCAGGGCAAGUGAAGCCAGGAGAAAUCGAGAAAGUGGAAAGCAGCAUCAUGUCCGAUAAAGAAAGUAUUGUACAGCAACAUGCCCGCGGAGUCUUCAUCAAGGAAUGUGUGAGGGAUGAGAUUGUGACAUUCCAGACGACCAUCUACGCAAUCAGCCGUAUGCAUCAAGACUGGAGUCAAGAGCGGGUCAAGUAUGCAGAACUUCAGGCCAACAAUUGGCGCAAUUUGGUCGACCAGCUGGAAAGUAUGCCGACCGCAGAAUGA